AAUCCAAUAUCUGGCUGUAUCCAGCAACUAGAUGUGCUAGAUCGUGAAUUCCGGUCCGAGUGGAUACUGAAUGUUACAGCAUACGAUAAUGGCAAGUUUGUGGAACGCUCAAGCAGUGCAUUAGUGUAUGUACGGGUCCUCGAUCAAAAUGAUAAUGCGCCGGUUAUCUUGAAUGAGCAGCUGGAUGUUUUUAUACGAAAAGGAAUCAAAAAAGGCGAAGUGGUGUAUAUUUUGAAUGCAUACGACCCGGAUGAUGAUGUCCUGCAUUACAGCCUCAGUGGCUCGACUGCUCUGUACUUUAACAUUCUCCAAAAUGGCGUAAUUGUUGCAGUCCGAGAACUGGUCAUGCAGGAUUACUCAUUAACCGCAGUGGUUGCAGACCAACAAGGCCUUAACACAUCCGUUGAUUUAGCAUUUUACACCGCUGAAGCCAUCAAAUUCCCGAUUUUCGAGUAUUCUUAA